AUGUCAGGAGUUUGGUUAUCCAAGAUUACUGAGGUUAUUCGCUUGGUUGAAAACCCAAGUGAAGAAGAGCAAUCAAAUGGGAGAAAAAGAAAGGUUUUGAUACAUUUACCAACACAGGAAAUUGUCUCAUCUUACAAAUCUCUUGAGAAAAUUCUCACUGAUUUGGGAUGGGAAAAGUAUAUUGAUGAAUGUGAUACUGACUCCUAUCAAUUCCACAAGAAAACUCCCGCUGACUUAUCAAUCUCUCUUCCUAAGGACUUUGCCAAGUUUAACACAGUUCAAAUGUACGACAUUGUCUUUAAAACCCGUCAUAUCUUUCAUGUUCGCUAUAUGUAAACAUCAUAGAACAACAACAAUAACUUUGCCUUUGUUGGUGCAAUCUGAGGCGGAUACAAGAUUUAAGUUUCAUCGGUUCAACUUUUAAGGUUAUUAUUAUUGAACCCAUUAUAUUUUUAAAGUUGUGAGUUUAUGACUAUAGUUUAUUACAAUCUUAGUAAAUUUUUUAUAAUUUAUGUUCUGCGUCAAAAAUAUUUCCUGUACUAAUACAUUGCAUUUGCCUCUAGCUGCGAUAUGUAAUAAAUUCCAAUGUGGAUGCCUUGUGUUUUUGAGUUCAUUUUGUCCAGCAGCCACUCUGUAUAGUUAUGUGUCCAUUAUAAUGAAUAAAAGUUACUUUGUGUCU